GACGGCACCCUGGGCGAAGCUCGCCGUGGCACUGCUGGCUCUCUAUUUCAUCAGCUCAUCUGGGCCCACGGACUGGACUCCCUCAUGGUCAUCCCGCUACAGCAGAUUCCCGUCGGUGGCACCCCCGCCGCCUACACCGCAGCCGCUAAACACAUGGAGAUGGCGUGGGCCCUGCGGCUGGCCAGCAUUCGCGCACGCCAUGGGCGACGCGGCCUCAACCAGCGGUUCGAAGUUGACAGCGCCGUAUGCGACACGCCCCUCUUUCCUGCCGCCGCCCCCUUCCCCGCCACGCAGUCGCGUGCCGUUCGCCGCCGGUGGUAUGCUUCACGUGACACCCGCCGUCGGCUCGGCGCCCUCCAACGCCAGUGGACGCCAACUCAGACCCUCCCCACCGGCCUCCUUGCCGGCUUCGCCUACCUCACCCUCGUCAUGCUCUACGCCUACCUGGUCGGAUACACUCCCCCGGACCUGGGCAUCUCCCGUGACUUCGCCGUCUGGAUUCUACCCGUCCUCGGCCACCACCUUCAUCGCCGCCGCCCCCGCGCCGGCAAACCGGACUUCGCCGCACGCCUGUGGCUCCCCGCCGGCCUUCGCCAGCUCAUCCCCGACCCUGUCCUACACGCCAUCUUCGCCAGCGCCAACCCCCUUCUCCCACCGCAUCGUGCCGUCCAACCUCGCCUACACUGGAAAGCGGGCUCGCCCCUACAUGGCGCAUUCUGCACGUACCACACCCUGGCCGCCGACCUCGACGCUGCUACCAUCUGCCAGCUGCUCUCCACCCCCUGCGACUGCCACCGUUUCCCCGAAUACUGCCACUCGACUCCGUGCGGCCCCCACGUUAUGUCCACCGACCCCACCGCCAUCCUCCCCGCCACCAUCCACCGCUUCUGGUACUGCGGCGCCCGGUACCGCGCCCACACCCCCAUCUCCACUGACACACAGGUCGCUGCUGUCCUUGCCGAAACUGACGACUGCCUGGGCCGAUAUGUGCGGACCUCGGGCAACUUCGCCGGCGUGGAUGGUGGUGCCUGGGCCACCCAUGUCUACAACGCCAUCGCCAAAGCCGCCACCCCCAAUAGCCCCCACUUCCGCUGGCCCCGCCUCACCCCAGACGACCGAGCCACCCUACGACACCGCACCGCCAACUACGUCAUCACCGUCACCGACAAAAGCUCCUCCACCUUCCAACUGGUCUGCAAGCGCCACUACGUCCGCACACUCCUACAAGACCUCGGCGUGCCCGUCCCCACACCCUCGCCUGGUGCCUCCUCCCUCAACCCCACUCAAGUCGCCUCCCUCCACCCACCCGCCCCUCCCGGCCCUGACCCGGCCACGGCCACCGCCAACCCCGCGCCUACAUACUAUCAGCGAGUAUCAGCUGAUGAAGCCGCCGCCCACUUCGCCGCCCAGAACGUCGACCUGGCCCGCUGGGACCUACAGUUCGACACCAGCAAGGACAUGGCCUACUACGCCGGCACCCUCAAAAUGCACAAGAACCCCCCGGCUAUGCGCUUCCUCGCCUGCUCCCACGCCUGCCCGUCCACAUUCCUGGCCGACUUGGUCACCGCCGUCCUACGUACAGUCGCUACCUCGUUUGCCAGUGUGUGGCGGACCCAACUUGGCACCGACCCCUGGUUCUGUCUCUCUUCGUCAGAUGUCAUUGACAUGGCCCACGCGUACAACGCCCACGGCUACAGCGCUACCUCCAACCCGCAAGCCGGCUACGACUUCGUUAGGCCUGCCGCCUAUGACUUCGAACGCCUGUACACCAACAUCCCCCACGUCGACCUGUGUAACACCAUCAGCCAGCUCCUGGCCGCCUCCCUCCCCGCCGGCACCACUGGCAUCCGCGUCUCCACACAAGACCCUCACCCUGAUAAACCCGGCGACCCCCACACACACACCGCCACCUUCGUCGCCCGCGUCCCUGGCGCCCGUGUCACCUCUCCGUCCGCCUCCACCACCCAUCGGUUCUUCCUUCCGCACGAAUUCAUGGCCAUCUUCCGCUCGCUCAUCAUCUCCACCUUCAUUCGGUUCGGCCCCGUCUUGGCCCGCCAAAUCCUGGGCAUCCCCAUGGGCAUCUCCCCGGCUCCCUUCAUUGCCAACCUGUUCCUCGCCUGGUACGAAUUCAAAUUCCUCCGCCAGCAAGCCACCACCCCCGCCGCCGCCCACGCCAUCCUCCACCGCUUCCGAUUCUCCAAACGCUUCCUGGACGACCUCUCCGCCCUCAACAACCCGUUCUUGGCUCGACUUCUCUACACAACCAGCAUCCUCGAAGUGUCGCCCGCCCCGCACCGUGUCGUCCUCCAUGGCCUAUACCCGCCCUGCCUCCGCCUCACCGCCCAACGCCACCACAACCCUACCGAGCUCCCUUUCUUGGAUAUCCUUCUGGUCUCCUAUACUACGGCGGACGGCAAAAGCCGCAUCACCACCCGUCUGUAUGACAAGCGCGACCAGCCUGCCUUCGCCCGCAUCCGCCUGUCCCGCUUUGUGGCCGCCGACUCCUCUGUCAAUGAGGCCGCCAAGCGCAACAUCCUCACCGGCCAAUUCCAUCGCCUCCGGCGCAUCAUCCUUGACUACGACAACUUUUGCCUGGAAAUGGCGCGCCUCAUGCGCGCACUCCUUGACUGUGGCUACGCGCGCAAACGCCUGGACGACAAAUACGCUGAACUACUGGCUCACUUCCCUCACCUGUACUACCGCGACCGUGUUGCCCUCACCGCGGCACGCACUGCCUACAACAACGCCGGCCCGCCCCCUGCCGGUGCUGCGCAUGCCGGCCCCCCUGCGGCCCCUCCCCCGCCCGGCACCCUCAACGAAGUUACACGGCGGUAUUUCAUCCAACAACCUGCCAGCCCCCACGCGGUCGCACUGCCUCGCCGGCGCGCUGGCACCAUCAUGCGACCGUGACCGCUCCCGUGGAGCCCGCCGCGCCUCGGCGCCCCCUACCAAUCCGCGGACCUCUGGACGUCCAGCCCAGGCACCGCACUAUCAGGGGGGUGUUUGGGUUGCCUGAGUGCACGUGUGUGGGGGUUUGUUGUACUUGCUUGUGUUUCUGUUGGUGUGAGCUUUUGCGCGACCCGGGCUGGUGGGGUGUGCGGGUGUGCGGUCCUUGCUGGUGGGCGGGUAACGCCGGUCUGUGGAGGUGUCUCCUGUGGUCUGGGGGGUCUGCGGUUUGUGAGGGUUUGCUCGUGGGUGGGCGUGUCGGGAGCGUGGGCCUUGUCGCUGCGCCUGGGGUCUGAGUGUAGUCGCCGUCGCGCGCACCGCUGUAACGCCGCGGUCUGCCAACCUGCCUGUCCCGCCCGCGCACCAAGCCUGCCCCAACCACCGACGCGGCCACUGCGGCCGCGAGCAUGCCUAGCCUCGGUGCCGCCAUGGAGUGGGGAGCGGGAGGCCAGCUCCCGCCAGCCCAUGGCGUCACACGCACACACACCAGCCUGUGCCUGACACUUGCGCACACAUACGGGAUACGCGUUAUGCGCGGGUACGGGGGUGACGGGCACACGCCCUUUCCUGCCAGCCGAGUCAGCCCGACCCAGCGUCUCUACAACCGCCGCCCGCCAUGCGCCCCAUGCAGCCGGGCGCUAUUUGCAGCCGCGCGGCCCCAGACUCCUUCCCUUUCACGGGCAUAGUUAGUGGGUGGGCUUUGGGAUGCGUGUUAGGACAUUAGAUAGCUUGCUUGCUGCACGCCGCCCUCUUCCACCGCUGCCAUUUCACAUGUCCGUGACACUUCUGUGCUGCCGCCCAAUGCCUUUCCAUUCCCAUGCUUAUAGGUGAGCUCGACUACGACCAGCGGGCGGGAAUACGGGAAUUAGGCGUG